AUGGGUCUUUUGAAUCUCGUGCUCAUCGGCACAGCCGCCACCGUUGCAUACGUCAUCAUCGCUGGCGUCUACAACGUCUACUUCCAUCCUCUCCGCAAAUUCCCAGGGCCUUGGCUCAGCGCAGCGACGUCGCUGCCCCGCAUCCUCGGCCGUGUAAGAGGCAUUGAGCCGUAUCAUCUCCAGUGGCUGCACGACACCUACGGCGAUGUCGUGCGCGUCAGCCCUAAUGAAUUGAGUUACACGACGGCCAAGGCCUGGAAGGAUAUCCACGGACACGGCGCCCCUGUCACGAAAGACCUGGAUCACUAUGGCCCGCCAUCGACGGGCACCAAGGGCCUCUUCCUGGCCGACGAGGGCGACCAUGGCCGCCAACGCCGCAUCUUUUCGCACGCCUUUUCGGACCGCGCGCUCAAGGACCAGGAGCCCCUCUUCCGUGGCUACGUCGAGCUGCUGACGGCCAAGCUGCUCGAGUUGGGCACGGGCGAGCCGGACGCCAAGGUCAACAUGGUCGACAUGUACAACUUCACCACCUUCGACAUCAUGGCCGACCUGACUUUCGGCGAGUCGCUCAAGCUGCUCGAAGGCUCGGCCUACAACGCGUGGGUGCACGGCAUCUUCGCCGCCGUCAAGUUCUUCGGCCUGUCAACCACGCUGCGCUUCUACUUCCCCAAGAUCAAUGAUAUGCUGCCCUACGUGCUGCCCGUGCUGCAGAAGAAGCAGAAGGAGCACCAGCAGUACGCCUUCGACCGCGUCGACCGGCGGCUGGCCACGACCACGGACCGGCCGGACAUCUGGUCGUACGUGCUCAAGGAGAAGGGCGACGGCCAGGGCGCGCAGCUGACAGUGCCCGAGAUGCACUCCAAUGCCACCACCUUCAUGAUCGCCGGCACCGAGACCACCGCCACGCUGUUGUCCGGCGUCACCUACCACCUGCUGCGCAACCCGGACAAGAUGGCUCGCCUCGUCGCAGAGAUCCGCGGCACCUUCACCACUCCGCAGGACAUGACGCUGCAGAACCUUCCCCAGAUGCCCUACCUCAACGCCUGCCUGGAGGAGGCCCUGCGCAUCUACCCGCCCGUCCCCGGCGGCCUGCCGCGCCUCACGCCUCCCGGUGGUACCAUCAUCGAGGGCGAGCACGUUCCCGGAAAUGUCACCGUCUUCGUCACCAACUGGGCUGCGUACCACUCGGCGCGCCACUUCGCGCUACCGGAGCAGUUCAUCCCGGAGCGCUGGCUGACGGGCGACGAGGCGGACCCGCGCUUCGCUGACGACGACCGGGCGAUCCUGCAGCCCUUUUCUCACGGCCCCCGCAACUGCAUCGGCAAGAACCUCGCUUGGCACGAGAUGCGCCUGAUCCUGUCGUACACGCUGUGGCACUUCGACCUCGAGCUGUGCGAAGAAAGCGCGCACUGGACCGACCAGCGUGUGUACGCGCUGUGGGAAAAGCAUCCGUUGAUGGCGAGGCUGAAGCCGGUGCAGAGGCAGUAG